CACCACUGCAGGAGAGUCAUUAUGAUCAGUUGCCAUAUUUAAGUAUUGCAUGUGAAUAUGUCAUCAAUAUAUUUCUAUUCUAUUUUAUUUUAUUUUAUUCUACUCUGAGCUUCAGCCAAUCAGAGCCGGAAAUGCAGUCAAAGCAGGAAGUCGUCAUUGCUGGCAGACCAGGAUUCCCGCGAAGAUUGAGAGCUUUCAGCAGCCGAAUUAGUGGUUCUGAGUCACAAAAUCAUGAGUAAAAGGAAGGCGAAAGACGCUCAACUUCCAGUUGGCGAAUGCAUCACAGAGCUUCAGAGGAUUUUGAGGGAGCGGCUUUGCCAUCAGCAGCUCCCAGACAAGCCGGAGGGAGUGGAGGCUCAACACAAACACUUGCUGGAGCUGCUGAAGCGGACGGCCGUCCACGGGGAGAGCAACUCGGUGCUAAUCGUCGGUCCCAGAGGAGCAGGGAAAACAAUGCUGCUGAAGUGUGUGUUAAGAGACCUGCUGGAGGAAAAGGAAAUCCAGAAAAACCUUCUACAGGUUCACCUCAAUGGCCUCUUGCAGACAGAUGACAGAAUAGCAUUAAAAGAAAUAACGCGGCAACUCCACUUGGAAAACGUUGUUGGUGACAAAGUGUUUGGAAGCUUUGCAGAGAAUCUGGCUUUCCUGCUGGAGGCACUAAAGAAAGGUGAUCGCAGCAGUAGUCGCCCUGUGUUGUUCAUCCUGGAUGAGUUCGACCUGUUCGCCCACCAUAAGAACCAAACUCUGCUAUACAACCUGUUCGAUGUCUCCCAGUCUGCCCAGGCGCCCAUCGCUGUGAUCGGAAUCACCUGCAGACUGGAUGUUCUGGAGCUGUUGGAGAAGCGGGUUAAAUCGCGGUUUUCCCACCGUCAGAUCCAUCUACUGAGCAGCCUGACCUUUGAUCAGUAUCUGGACCAGGUCCAAACACAGCUCGGCCUACCGGACGACUUCCCCGACACCGUGUUCGCUGAGGACUGGAACGACAGCAUCAAGACACUCUGUGAAGACAAAUCAGUGGAGGAGGUUUUACAGAGACACUUCAACUCCAGCAAAGACUUCCGCUCAAUGCAAAUGCUGCUGAUGUUGUGUCUAAGUCGUGUCUCUGUAGCAAAACCUGCCAUCAAACCUGCUGACUUGCUGGAGGCCAGCCGACUGUGUUUUGGCGAUGCCAAGGCUAAUAUGCUUCACGGUCUGUCCAUCCUGGAGCUGUGCCUGAUCAUAGCCAUGAAACACCUCAAUGACGUCUAUGAAGGAGAGCCGUUCAAUCUCCAAAUGGUUCACAACGAGUUUAAGAAGUUCCUGCAGAGAAAGUCGAGCUCCAUGUACAACUUCGACCAGCCUGUCGUCAUGAAGGCCUUUGAGCACCUGCAGCAGCUGGAGCUGAUCCGACCGGCAGACGGCUCCUCGGCCAAACAGCAGAGGGAAUACCAGCUGAUGAGACUCAUGGUGGACAACAGUCAGAUCAUGGAGGCCUUGCAGAAGUACCCACAAUGCCCCACUGACGUCAAGCAGUGGGCCAUGUCGGCAUUCGGCUGAAGAUACACUCGGACUUUAUGUAGACGUUAAUUUUCUGUGUUUUCUCUUUGGUGAUGCUCCAGCACAGCAAGAAAAUCAUCAGCACUACCAGAGACAAUGCAGUUUGAGAGGUCUUUCGUACUGAUAAUUAUCUUCUAAUAGAUGACAAACUGCACAGAACACCAAGUGAAUCUCUAACAAAUAAGAAGGUAUUUAAAUCAGGAGUCUGAAACAAAGACGUUGACAUCAACAGACAAAACUUGUCCGCCCAGAUAAGGGGAGAAACCAGGUUGCAAUCAUAUCAGACUGUGAAAUCGACACCAGUUUACGUUUUCAAGACUUGAGAACAUCAGUUUGUCUUGGAGCAGAGUUUUCACAACUCAAAGCACUUGAAAUAAAAAUGAAAUGAAACAGCAA